UCUCACAAAGACUUGGUGAUUCCUGGCAGUCCCUGUUACUUAGGGAAGAGACCGGAAAGAGGCUUCAGCAAACAGCGAAAAAAUCUCCUAAUCCCUGGGCAACUGAAGUUCUGAGCUGCGGCCCUCCGUGAAAGCGUGUUGAAUUCCCCGUAGCAAGCUUUUGAGUUCUACCACGUAGGCUUGCGGCCUAUGGGAAACUCGGACCUCAAGCACAUGCGGAUGACCCGGAGUGUGGAUAGUGUCCAGUUCCUGCCCUUUCUCACCACGGAUGUCAACAACCUGAGCUGGCUGAGUUAUGGGGCCCUGAAGGGAAACUGGACGCUAAUCGUCGUCAACGCCGUGGGUGCUGUGCUUCAGACCCUGUAUAUCUUGGUGUAUCUGCACUAUUGCCAUCGGAAGCAUGCUGUGCUCCUUCAGACUGCAACCCUGCUGGGGGUCCUUGUCCUGGGUUUUGGCUACUUUUGGCUCCUGGUGCCCGACACUGAGACCCGGCUUCAGCAGCUGGGCCUCUUCUGCAGUGUCUUCACCAUCAGUAUGUACCUCUCACCACUAGCUGACUUGGCCAAGGUCAUUCGUACUAAAUCGACCCAACGUCUCUCCUUUUCACUCACCAUUGCCACCCUCCUCACCUCUGCCUCCUGGACGUUCUAUGGGUUUCGACUAAAAGAUCUGUACAUUGUGGUGCCCAACCUUCCAGGAAUACUCACCAGCUUCAUUCGCUUCUGCCUUUUCUGGAAGUACCCCCAGGAGCAAGACAGGAACUAUCAAUUUCUACAAACCUGAGGGAGUUCACCUGACCACUGGGCACCUUAAUGCCAACCUACUACCAAAGAAACCUUGUUUCAGCUCUUCCUGCUGGUCACCUCCACUGGUGAAGUGUGUUGUGGUAAAGGAAAAGAACUGCUUUGAGAAUCCAGGGACUAAAGAAAGGGCUUUACUUAGAAGACUGGAUGGAACCUGGGAGAUGAAUCACUUUUUUUUUUUUUCAAGAUUUAAUUUUUAAUUUUGGAGGUCGGGGUGAAAUCUUUAGAAUGUGCCUUAAAAUAAACUGUUCCCUACCCCUUGCC